ACAGUCAUUCAUUACAAUAAAAAAUGUUGUCGUAGUAGGGAUUCCUGACUGAAAGCAUAAGAAUAGCCUACAAUCGAUCGUUUGGAAAUACAACUGUCAAUCAAGAAGUCACGCCUCCUAUUCACCUGUUCACUGCGAAUUCAGACAACAACAAAAAAAACAUUCGCACUAGAGACGAGAGACAUUCAGAUUGUUAAGAUGUUUCUUUUAUGUCGGUUUGUAUUCAGUUUAAUUUUGUCAGUCAUUUUUGCUCUCAGGCAUGUCAAGGGAAACUCGGGAUAUGCUGUUCAGUGGUUCUUUGAAUUGAGCAACUGUAGCUCAUUGGGCUCACUCCAGGGUCAAAAAACGGAGCUUCCAUUAUGUUCUAAGCUGUGUUUCAGUGAAGGAUGCUUCUCCUCUGAGUAUGUCCCUUCUGGGAAUGAGACGGGCUGGUUGGCAGUGCACAGCAGCAGAAGGCCUUCUGUUCAUGAUGCCACUGUAGUUGCUUUGACUGACAGGGUGCAGAUUGGGAAGCCCCUCCUCCUGGAAGUCUCAGGCAUACUAAAUCUGAGCAAAGAAAACUUUUCUAUGGUUUUCAUUACAUUUAGUGGGAACUCUGGUCCUCAGGGUCUGCAUAAUAUAUCUGUUAUGGGCAACGGAUACCUCACCUGCUACAUAGAUGCGAUAUUACAUGCUGCUGGAUUGUACCAUUUAAAUGUGACCGUGACGAACAGUAUCUACACUCAUUCUGCCAGCUGGAAGAUUAGAGCGUGUCCCUUUGGGACUGAGUACUUGAAUCUCAUGUUGUCCAAGAGAGAUCAGGAUAUCCCAUCUUGUGCCCCUCUGCCCACAGAUGCAGAGGACAAGCGGCAGGGUCACACGCGAGCUGUUUGGAUCUUUUCUGAUAAACGGGCAUAUGCAACAGAGACAGACAUUAAAUUUGUAGCAGUAACAGAGGAGCCUGAUCCUCUAUACAUUCAUUGGAAAUUUGGGGAUGCACCAGAAAUAAAAACAACAUCCAGAAUCUACAAAAAGAGAUAUCGCUUACCAGACAAAUACAAUGUCACUGUCAGUGUGUGUGAUGGUCUCGCAUCCAUCAGCUCAGAUGUUUAUCCGCUCGUGAUUCAGAGAGCUGUGCAGCCCAACAGGCUUCUGUAUAGUCCCUCAGUUUUAUCACACAGCUCUGUGAACGUCACCUGCCGGAUCAGCGCAGGAACUGAUGUCUCGUAUAUCUGGAAUUUUGGAGAUGGAACAGAGCGAGAUGGAUCAAGCACUGAGCAUCAUGUCUAUAACAGAACUGGAGAAUACAUAAUAGAAGUUAUUAUAUCCAACCUGGUGAGCUCAGCCUCUUUAACAGGGCACAUCUUUGUCGUUGAAGAAUUAUGUCAGCCUCCUCCAGUGAAAAAUAUGGGCCCAAAUAAAAUACAGGUGUGGCGGUAUCAAACUGUCCAUCUUGCUGUGACGUUUGAGGCACAGAUUCAAUGUAAUGUUUCCAGAGGUCUGCUGUAUAGAUGGACUAUAUAUGACAUGAGCGGACAACGACUGCUGUUCCCACACAUAGACACGGGACGGCAGUAUAUUGAUCUUCCAAAAUACCUCCUUCAUUAUGGAACAUAUAAAGCUAUAGCAAAGGUCCAAGUAACCGGCAGUGUGGUGUACAGCAACUACAGUGUUUUAAUUGAAGUGGUGCGCAGUCAUCCUGUCAGUGUCCUCAGCGAAGCCACAAAUAUUUUCAUCAAUCGUCAGAGCGGCACCAUCAUUACUCUUGAUGGACGAAAAUCACAUGACCCAGAUUACCCUAAUAACACUAUAAGUUACAGCUGGUCAUGCAGGCCAGUAAACACAGAAGAGAGCAGCUGUUUCAACAGGAACAUUGUGACCACUUCAGCAGUACUUACAUUUCCCGCUCUUUCCUUGAAAGCUGAUUUCGACCUGCUUAAAUUCACUCUCACUGUGCGCAGUGGCCAUCGCUCUUCAUCAUCUGAGAUGUUCAUCACUGUAACAUCAAAACAUGUCAGCAACAUUCAUAUGUCUUGUAAACAAGUCCGAGAAAAUUCCGUGAAUUGGAAUGAGCAGUUUUCUGUUUCUGCUCUCUGUGAUGCUUGUGGUUUCAAUGCAAAAAAUGUCACCUAUUACUGGAAACUUUACCUGGUUAAUUCCUCAAGCAAAGCUGUACCAGAAAUUCCGUUCUGCAGCAGUAUGGAUCUCGGUUUACCCUCCAGAAUACAGGAGAGCUUACAUUUCUCCCAGCCUGCUGUGACACCCUACACUCCAACCCAUUUUACUGAGCCUUCCCUUCCAGUAUCUCUGGCUCCUUAUCUUUUAUCAGAUGAUACUGACCUUACAGCCCCGGUUUCACAAGAUACUCUGACUUCAAUAAUACAUAAAAAACACCAUAAUAUUGGUGUACACACUCUAAUUGAAAGCCCCAGUACAAACACGCACCACCAUGCAGCAUUUCCGACUAUCGCAUCUUCACCCCCCCCUUUCCUUCCAUCCUUCCCCGGGGAAACAGAGUCGUCCGGGAGUCAGUGGCAGUAUCAGGGGUCUUUACCAGCCUCAGAUAAGGUGUCAUUGACAGAUAUGACCUCAGAUUUUCAUACUGAGGACAUGAUUUACACAGACGCUUAUCAGGAGUCAAUAUCAGGCGAUCAUCUCUCCCUACCAGAGUAUGAUUACUAUAAUUAUGGAAUUGAAGAGGCUGAUCCUGGUGUUGGCAGACCUACAGGGACCAAUUCAGUGGGCUUUAGUUGGAAUGGAGUAUCAUUCCCUCACUCUUAUGACAAUGAGGGUGAUAAUCUGGUGGACCCCAGCCUGCUUGGCCCCGCGGUGUCUGAGAAGACCCUGCUAGAUCUGGACAGACAGCUCAUUCAGUCUUACACUCUCACAGGAUUGUCUUCUUCGGUUGUCACAUUUAAACCCUUCAUGCUUAAACCAAAGAGUCUUUAUUUGCUUGAAGUGUCUGCAAUUUCUGAGAAGCGGCUGCAAGGGAAAAGCCAGCUGUUCUUCCACACUCAAGCUGUUCCUGAGGGAAUGAGCUGCCAAGUGCAGCCCAACACAGGCUAUGAAAUUCACACUCAUUUCAGCAUCUUCUGCUCCUCUGGAAAAGAGGAUCUCUUAUAUGAAUACAGUUUUAGUGUGGGCAACGAUCCAAAGAAACUCCUUUACGAAGGCAGGGAUUUCCAACAUUACUUUAGUCUUCCUAGUGGAGAUCCUAAUGACGAUUACAAAGUCACAAUCUAUAUUGAAAUAAAGAACAGAUUUGGAGCAGCGACCAAACCAUGUCCUGUGAAAGUGACUGUUCUUCCAAGCUUUCAGAGAAACUCAUCCUCUCAGCUCAACCCUGAUCAAGAACUGUACAUGUAUGGAGUGGGUAACCUAACCGGUCUGAGUAAGAUCGGAAGCAACAGAGAAAUCAUCAACUACAUCUCUCUUAUGAUCGCGGUACUGAACCGCUUGAGUCUGGACCUGGAUUCCUCCGUCGAGCUUCUGACGCUCACACGCGCUUCCAUCAUUACAGCAGCCUGUCAGCUGUCCAUCACUGAUAAGGAAAUUUUAUUUGAAAUAAUUCACAGGCUUACUGAUUUGAUAAAAGUCUCCAGUCAAGUGACAUUUUACAGUGCCAAACAAGUAAUUCAGCAUGUUCACGACAUCUCAUCCCUCUCACAUGAGUCCAAGCCUCCAGCAGGCCAUAUUUUGGACUCUGGAAUGGUGAAAGCGCUGGUAUCGCUCCUGUCUGGUGUGUUGGAGGCUCCAGCGCUCUCUUCCAGACCAGGACACCAACUCACAAACAAAGUGCUUUACACCAUUACUGAUUUAGUACUGGAGUGUUUGCUGUCCAGCAAUGUCUUGCAGUGCAAUGUGAACACCACGUUCAUGGAAGUGUUAGCCUGGAAGGAUGAGCGGUCUCAUUCUGUGGUGCAAACAUUUGGCCUCACUGCGUUCCACCUCACUGAUUUUCUGGAGAUGCAAUUUCAGCAAUGGAGCAGAAACAGCCAGCACAAGCCCUGCGUCAUUACCUGGCUCGCAGUGUACAGGCAGAGCCCAUACCGCUGGUCCAGACACGUGCAGCUCAGUGGAGAGACAGCAGACAUUCGGCUCUACAACUGCACCACUAGGAAGGAAAUCAAAGUCCGACAUCUAUCCACACCAGUUACCAUUGAAUUUCAGAGGAAAGAGGAGACAAAUCAGAGUCGACACACACGGUUCACUCUUCUGCACGGUCAGGUGAACACUCAUCGGUUCAACAUCACGUCACAGACUCUUCAGAGAGCCUUUCAGAUCACUGUGCAGUUUAACAGGCCAGCUGAACGCCCCUUUCCCGUCCUGCUGCUGCUUAGGAUGUAUGAGCAGCCAACACCUAAUCUACACAACAAACAGAAAAUGUAUCACUGGAAAGGACAGACGGCUCACAUCUUCCUCCCUCAAUCCUAUUUGCAUGCUGCUGGUUCUGUGUACCUGAGGCUUCUCAAUGCAGACUAUAACAAAAGCCCUAGCAACAAGUACAUCGCCAGAGCUGUGAACUACACACUUCGCAUUGAGUCUGUGGAGUGUUUGUCCUGGGAUGGUGUGAAAGAGCAGAAGCCCAGUGGCUGUUUUUCUCAUGGUGGGGUUUCCACAGACAAGAUCCACUGCAGUUGCAACCACCUGGCAUCAUUUGCAGUAUCACAUGAGAACAUCAUAAGCAGCUACAACUCUGCAGAUGUUUCGCAGUUUAUCCACUCCAAAACCAACUUCAUACUGAUCAUUUUUUCAGUAAUAUUCCUGGCUCUCUAUGUGGUGGUGUUGGUCAUCUGUAGGAAGGCUGAUGUUUCCAUACAGAAAACUACAGGCUCAUUUCUGCUACCAGAAAACAAUCCCUCAGACCGGUUCCUCUACGCUGUCACCAUAGACACAGGAUUGAGAUCUAGAACCAGAAUGACAGCAAAGGUUCAUAUCAUUCUGUAUGGAGAUAAAGGUGUCUCUCAAACCAGGGAACUCAGCAGCUCUGACUCCAAACUCUUUACAUGCAACUCAAGGAAUACCUUUAUUCUGAGUUGCACAGAGAGUCUAGGUCGAGUAUGGAAGGUGCGUCUUUGGCAUGAUAAUGGAGGUUCAUCUCCCAGCUGGUAUCUGAGCCAUGUGGUGGUCAAAGACCUGGUGCAGGGGUCCUGCUGGUUCUUCCUGGGCCAGUGCUGGCUGGCAGUGGAUGAGGGAGAUGGAAGGGUGGAGAGGAGUUUAGUUGCUUCUGAAUGCAGCCUGACAUUUAAACAGUUCCUGUAUUUGAAACUCACAGAAUACCUGGAGGACUUUCACCCGUGGCUGUCUGUGUACAGUCGUCCGUCUUUUAGCUCUCACACACACACUCAGCGCUGGAGUGUGUGCCUGCUGCUCCUGCACUGCUACAUGUGUGUCAGCGCAGCGCUUGUAAAUCUUUUGGAAAAACAGUGUUUUGUAGAGAUGGGGCUUAUUGAUGUUUCGCCGGUUUCCAUGGUAACAGGCCUGUGCAGUGCUCUGGCUGUGCUGCCGGUGGGGGGUCUGGUGUCCCUGGUGUUUCGUGUCAGUAAGACCACAUCCAGUAGUGUGUCCGGAGAGCAGUAUAAGGUCAAGGUGCCUGAUGUCUACUCUGUAGAAGAUCACCAUGAUGCACUUCUGAUAAAUGACUAUGCAUCGUAUUUGUCCUGGAAUACGGUUUCCCAAUGGACUCAUGGAUCAUGGAAAACAGAUUACAAGGGUUGGAAAACCUCAGAUUCAGUGUCUGUGUCAAAACUGCAAGAGGAUCCUGAUGCCAUCUUAGAGAUUGUAGAAGACUCCAUGUCUGAUGUCAACAGCAGAUCACAUGACAAAUGCAAAUGGAAUACGUCUGAUCUGAAAUCUCACACCUCUGCAGGCGUCCUAGAGAACCGGCAGGUUUGUGGUGGUAGAAUCCAAAGUCUUCAGUCCUGGUGUUAUUAUGUGGGCUGGAGCCUGUGCUUGUCUCUUUCUGUUAUGUGCUUCAUCAUCACAGGAACUCUUGGAGUGAAGUUCAACAAAACACAAACUCUUCUUUGGGCUCAUUCUGUGUUCUUUUCUCUUGUCUGCUGUGGCUUUGUACUGCAUCCAGCAUUGAUACUCAUAACUGCUAUCACAGUGUCUCUGCUGCGUCGAAAGAAGCCAGACUGGUUCCACAGUCUAAGUGUAAAAGAGCCUGUCACUGAAUUAUUGAGACACAGGGACUUUGUUAGCAAAUACCAGCAGUCCCAUUUUGAAAAGGCGCUCGCUGCCCGUCAGAGAGCCAGGUAUUUGCGUCUGGUGCGGCCACCAAAUUCAAGAGAGCUGAAGUAUGUGAGAGGCCAGAUGAAGAAACAGACUCUCCUUCACAAAACCACAAGGAAUUUGACGUUUCACCUAAUCAUGCUAUUGACAAUUCUGUUCGUGACUUAUGGAAAGUCUGACAAUGACUACAAGUACCAUUUGAAUCAAGCUAUCAAAACUCAUUUCACAAAGAGUCCGCAAAAUUCAUUUCACUCCAUCAAAAAACAUGACGAUUGGUGGAACUGGACAACAACCGCUUUUCUUGAGAGAUUAUAUGACAGUGCCAUCUGCCGUGAUAAAAGAGUAGAAAAUGAAACAGGAGAUUUCAGCUGUCCUUUUUCUCUUAUUGGGAGUCCAGUUAUUAGAAAGAUCAAGAGCACAUAUAACUCAUCGUGCCAGAUCUUGAAUUUGUUGGGCAAGAACAAUAUUAAAUGCUCUAAUAACCAGUCUGUGGAAAAGAGACACUCACUUUGUGGGAAACUUGGGUGUUAUGAGGGAGAAAGUGUGAGUGUGAGCCUUGGAAAAACAAGGUCCAAAGCAAUCAAGUCAAUUAAAAAGCUUCUGGACACUGGCUGGAUGACUCCUUUCACCCAAAUUGUGAUGGUUCAGUUGAUCCUGUACAAUGGGCCCAGUAACCUCUUUACGGCAGUUACUGUACUAGUAGAGCAAACCUCAACAGGAGCUCUGAUGCCCUCAGCAAGCAUACAGUCCACUAGACUCUACCAUUUCCCAGCUGUCCUUGACUACAGUGUUAUGACCUGUGAGCUUCUUUUACUUUUAUUCAUCCUGCUUCAUAUGUAUCGGCAAAUAUAUGUUAUGACUCAAAGAGAAUGGCUUUACUGGAGAAACCUUUGGAGCUGGCUUGAGGUGACAGUGUUCAUCUGCAGUCUUUUGUGGUUUAUCUGCUCUGUGUACAUCUUUAUGCUAAAAACGGAGAUGAUUGAUUUCCUGCAGAAGGAGGAUUUUGAAUUACCUGUUGAUCUAAGCCCCGUCUUCUUUUGUGAGCAGCUUUCUCAAUCUCUCCUUGGCGUUGUGGUUAAUUUACUUCUACUGAAAUGUGUGUCCCUACUACGGCUAAACAAAGCAAUGGCAGCAGCUGUAUCUACUUGGAAGCUGAUCUUCUCCAACCUGCUUUGGUUACUGGCACCUGGUGUUGUCGCAAUGGCCCUCUCCAGUCUCUGCAACUUGAUCUUUCAUUCAUUCCCAUUUACCAGUAUCACUAGAUCUUCUCAUUUGCUCUUCACUCGUUUCUUUUGCAUGAGCCACUUUGGUGACAUUUACCUCCAAUCCCAAGUCCCAUCAACAAUUUAUUUUGGAGCUAUAUUCUGCACUAUGAUUCCAUUUAAUGCUACGGUAAUUGCCACUCUUACCUUUUUUGUGAAACAAACGAAGAAAACUAAAAAAAGAAAACAUUUACUGACUGUCUUUGAGCUGAUCUCUUAUGUCAAAGACAAGGCUUUACGCAUUAUUGGCAAAGCCAGUCACAAGUCAACUGACCAUCAUGUCCACGCUAAUAGGUUUUCCUUAGCAGAGUUUGAGGAUCUCAUGGAUGAACUGUUGUUUCAUCUCUGCAAUAUGUCAGACAGUCUCCACAACACCCUGCCAGCAAAAGAAAAUCUAUUCGAAACCCAGAGUAAUUUCUCUGUGCUGCUUUCUGGGCAUGUUUAUAGCUCAGACUCAGAGAGUGUAAUUUUUGAUGGACUGGAGAAGAAACACAUAGGAUGCCUGGAUAUCAGCAGUGCCUCAUAUAGAGAAAACACUCACAGAUCACCAUUUGAACACAGAACGUCUCAGUACAUACAAGACAGAGGAAGAACGCAGGAGGAGAGUUUUUCAAGAGGGCCGAGGGAUUUCAGAAACUGCCUCAAAGAUCCAAUCAGAGAGUCAGAAGAGACUGGACAGGCCCAAAUUCUUUCUUCAAGCAAGCAGACCCAUUGUGCACCAUCUGAAUGGAAGGACAAAGUGUACAUUAAAUCAUCAAUGCUGCCUGAUCCAAGCAGGUUGGCAGAUGAGCAUAGUUUUGCCAUCAAGACACAAAUCACGACUCAAAAGUUGAGAAGGCACACUCUUCUAACCUCAUCAACUUGCAAAGUGAACACGGGUCAUCAUACAGCACAUGGCAAGCGAGCUGGAGAGUCACAUGUGUUUAAUACAUCUUCCGUUGAGGGAAUGGACAAUUCUGUACAAGGGCAAACAAUUAUUCCAGGGUUCAUUGAACAGUAUAUGUAAUACAAGAAAAAAGAGCUGUUCAGUUUUACUGUUUCAUUCCAGAAUAGAAUUAGCAUUUUCAAGCCAUAUUCCAUCUGGUGUUGCUUUAAAAACCUAUAACGUUUGAUCUGAUAUCUCAAACGUGAUAUUUGAUUAGCACAAAGUUGUUAAAAUACUAAGAAGACAUGUCUUAACAUGCUUGACAAAUUGGACUGGUUUUUAAAUAUAGCAAUUUCAAAAUUCACAUUUGGGGUAUUAUUUGCGUUUGUGUGAAAAUUUAUGAGGGUGGCCCCUUCUGUUAUUUUGCAAUUAAAAAUGUAACAUUCCUU